AGCGCUGAGCGGCGCGAGGAGAUGCGACAGGGCGCCGCGCCGCCGGCACCAUGCGCCCCCCGCCCGCGCUGGCCCUGGCCGCGCUCUACCUGCUGGCGCUGCCCGCCGCCGCCGCCGCCUACUUCGGCCUGACUGGGCGGGAGGUCCUGACACCCUUCCCAGGGCUGGGCACCGCUGCGGCCCCAGCACAGAGCGGGGCCCACCUGAAGCCGUGUGACCUGCUGAAGCUGUCCCGCCGACAGAAACAGCUCUGCCGGAGGGAGCCCGGCCUGGCCGAGACCCUGCAGGACGCUGCUCACCUCAGCCUGCUCGAGUGCCAGUUUCAGUUCCGACAUGAGCGCUGGAAUUGCAGUCUGGAGGGGAGGACAGGCCUGCUCAAGAGAGGUUUCAAGGAGACGGCCUUCCUGUAUGCAAUGUCCUCCGCUGCCCUCACCCACACUCUGGCCCGGGCCUGCAGCGCCGGGCGCAUGGAGCGCUGCACCUGUGAUGAUUCUCCGGGCCUGGAGAGCCGGCAGGCCUGGCAGUGGGGCGUGUGCGGCGACAACCUCAAGUACAGCACCAAGUUCCUGAGCAACUUCCUGGGGCCCAAGAGAGGAAGCAAAGACCUGAGGGCACGGGCGGACGCUCACAACACCCACGUGGGCAUCAAGGCAGUGAAGAGUGGCCUCAGGACCACAUGUAAGUGCCACGGUGUGUCGGGCUCCUGUGCCGUGCGCACCUGCUGGAAGCAGCUCGCCCCGUUCCGCGAGACGGGCCAGGCGCUAAAACUGCGUUAUGACUCAGCUGUCAAGGUGUCCAGUGCCACCAACGAGGCCUUGGGCCGCCUGGAGCUGUGGGCGCCCGCCCGGCCAGGCAGCCCCACCAAGGGCCCGGCCCCGCGGCCCGGGGACCUGGUCUAUAUGGAAGACUCGCCCAGUUUCUGCCGGCCCAGCAAGUACUCGCCCGGCACGGCGGGCAGGGUGUGCUCCCGGGAGGCCAGCUGCAGCAGCCUGUGCUGCGGGCGGGGCUACGACACCCAGAGCCGCCUGGUGGCCUUCUCCUGCCACUGCCAGGUGCAGUGGUGCUGCUACGUGGAGUGCCAGCAGUGCGUGCAGGAGGAGCUCAUGUACACCUGCAAGCAUUAGGCCUGCGGCCCGGUGUGCCAGGGGGGCGCUGCCAGGACCCCGCGGUGCUCGGCCACGUGGAGGCCCCCCAGGCAGGCGCACGCGGCGUGCACCCCGAAGUCGGUGCCCGCGCGCGCGCACUCCUCUCCACUGGGCCCGGCAGCCCUUCCCUCCCCCGACACCCAGCAAAGAGAGGUUGCGGGGGGACUGGAACUGAGGGUCCCCAACCACGUUGGAGCAGGAGGGCAGAGUAGGAAAGGAUGCAGGGGGAAUAAGGGAGACCAAAGGAGGAAGGACUCAGGGUUUUUUGAGGGGGAACCACCUCGCUGUCUCAGUUCCUCGGAUGAGUGGCCUAGAGCCAGCCAGGCUGGGCCAGCAGGGCGCUGGGAGGCAGUGUCAGCAUGUGGCUUUGCUGGGCUAGAGGUGGGGGCGGGGCGGGGCAGGCCAGGUGGCAGGGGCUGUUUGGAGAAAGGAAGGCUUUCUGGGCCCAAGGGAGGCCAAGUCCGACACCUGCCCCGGAGCCCGGUGUACUUGAUUUGGCUUUUCAAAUAUGCACUGAGGCGUCGUUCUUG